ACAAAAUAAAUUGUAAUUUUUUUACCAAAACUUAUGUCUGAGUCGGAUUCAGAGGCUAGACCCGUAGAGGAGAGUCAUACUCCAGAAACAAGUGGAGAAGUACUGAAAGAGAUUUUCGUUCGCAUUCUGGCAGGCUUAGGCGUUGUUGGACGCGGUCUGCGAGGUGGAUUUGUUGCUAGCGGAACAUGUCUUAAGCACACAAUAUAUCCUAUCAAAGAAAGUUGUGUUUAUGUUUAUGACGAAGCAUCGUCAUAUUUGAACCCAUCAACAGCUCGUGCUGGAAGGGAAGUUGCACAAGAAGCUGUUGUUUGUUUUGAACAGUCUCGAGGUGAACUAGAAAAUGAUGUAUUCCCACCGUCUAAUCCGAACUAAUGCUAAUCUUAUUUUUUUUUUUAAUUUCCUAUUACAUUUAAAAAAUUCACUAAUUUUUUCUUGUUUUUAAUCUCAUAAUAUUUUUCACACAUUCAUAAACGAGUUCGAAAUUUAGAGGUGGUUUACCCUGACGCAUAAUGCCAAUGCUUCGUGAACACGUAUACAAUUUCUAAAUAUAUGAAAACUAAACUGUUGUACGGCGAAGAAGAGUCACAUUUUUACUUUUGCCAUUAUGUGUAAGAAUGGACCUAGAUUCGUAUGCCUUGAUCAUUUUAAAAAUUACCUACUCAUGUGAGAAAGUCUCACUUCAGAAAACCAACAUAAUUCUCUUUUAUAACAGCGAAUGAAAAUAUUGAACCUUUUAGAAAAAGAGUCUUUUGCCUCGUUCUGUAACUUGCAAAAUCUAUUCAAGAAGCAAUUAGUCGUCCAUAUUUUACAGAGACUUUUCUAAAUAGUGACUCAAGAGGUUACAUAGAAAAAGUGUAUGAUGCAUGGAUCAAGGACCCAUCUAGCGUUGAUCCGUCAUGGGAAGAAUAUUUCAAAAAACUUAAUCUAUCUUCAAGUUUAAAGAACUCUAAUUUUUCUUCAACUUCUGAAAAUAGUUGUAAUGCUACCAGUGAAUCUGGUUUGAAUGAAACAAAAGGCAUUGCUAGCCUUGUUGAAAAGUAUCGACAGCAUGGUUAUGAAAUUGCUAAAGUUAAUCCUUUAAAAACUUUAGAUAAACUACGACUAUCUAGUGAAAUGGAUUUUAACCAGAGUGCGUCGCACAGCCCAAGUGAACCGUUAGGUUUCGUGUCACACCUCGAAAAAGAUCUUCAAAUAUCUGAACUUACUAAGUUUUUGGAAAGCGUGUAUUGUCAGAACAUUGGAAUACAAUUAUCUCACAUUAAUGAUAUGAAAGUUUUACAUUUUUUUUAUAGUAGACUCGAGUUGAAGGAUCCUUUCAAAUAUUGUUUGAAAGCAAAGCAAUUACUUUUAGAUGAUAUCGCGAGGAUUCAACUAUUCGAAAGUUUUUGUAAUAAAAAAUUUAAGGUUUUAAAACGUUUUGGAAUAGACGGAUGCGAAAGCACAGUAUUAGCACUAAAAAGUAUAAUAAAACUGGGACCGAAAUUGGGAGCUUAUCGUAUGGUUGUCGGCCUUGCUCACCGGGGUCGUAUUAAUGUUUUCGCCAACAUUUUGAAAAAGCCACUGACGUCAUUAUUUAAUGAAUUUGAAGGAAACACAACGUUUAGCCUUGACCAUUAUGGUAAUACUGGCGAUGUCAAGUAUCAUCUAGGAGCUUCAUAUAAAUAUCAAGAUGUAGAUAUAAAGAAACUAAUAGAACUCAUUGUGUUACCAAAUCCUUCUCAUUUAGAAACCGUAACUUCAGUGGUUUUGGGGUAUACAAAAGCUCUUCAAGAUACGUUACCAUGUGAGAAUAUUCAGCAAGUAUUACCAAUAAUACUACACGGAGAUGCUUCUUUUGCUGGACAGGGAAUCAUUUACGAAACCGUUCAAAUGUCGAAGUUACCAGCGUAUAAAGUAGGAGGAACCAUUCAUAUUAUUGUAAAUAAUCAAAUAGGUUUCACAACGGAUGUAACUGAUCAAAAAAGUGGACAAUAUGUUACAGACGUUAUGAAAAUAGUAAAAGCUCCGAUUUUUCAUUUAAACGCAGACGAUCCAGAGUCAUGUGUACGAAUCGCCGAAUUAGCUUUAGAGUAUCGACAAGCGUUCAAGAGUGAUAUUAUCUUGAAUAUUAUUGGCUAUCGAAGGUUUGGCCACAAUGAACUUGACAUGCCUAAAUUCACACAACCACAUAUGUAUCAGUCUAUUGAUAAGCAUCCAAAUGUUCUGGAAAUCUAUAGCAAAAGACUUUUGAAAGAAGGUGUUGUUACUGAAACCAUGGUUGACGAAAAAAAACAAGCCAUUUUUGAAAGACUCAAUACUGCCUAUGAAAAAGUUAAAAUGGGUUCUUCAGAUUCAAUGCAAAACAGUUCAUUGCUUUCAAAUACUCAGAACUCUAGGGUUCUAAACAAUCAUGGUUUUUUUUCACCAACGGUUUUUCAGAAAAAUUUGGCUUUUUUACCGAAAUUUCAUCCAUCUGGGAAUCCUUUAUUAAUACAAUUUUCGUCACCUUGUCCCACAGGUGUUAUGAUAGACCGAUUGAAUUGUAUUGGACUUAGUAUUACCAAUAUACCUGAGUGGAUGAAAUUGCAUCCUACGGUGGAAAAAGUGUAUAAUUCUAGAAAAGCCGCUAUUGAAACUCAAAAAAACAUCGAUUUCGGAUUAGCAGAGGCUUUAGCCUUCGGUACCUUAAUCUCUGAUGGCUAUUCUGUACGUUUAGUUGGCCAAGAUGUGCAGCGUGGAACAUUCAGCCACCGUCAUGCAGUUUUACAUCAUCAGUUUCCCAAUCAUGAGACAUUAAAUGACAGCAAUAAAACCCAUGCUUCUACUACGUUUUGUCCAUUGCAACAAAUUACAAGUUUACAAGAAUCUAACUUGAAAACAAGCAACAGAGAGGUCACUGCCGCCAAGAAUAGUCAUAAUAUAGCCAUGAGUACACGAAUUGUUGAAUCGAAAAGUCCCAAGUUUUCAGCUUACAACUCGUUAUUGUCAGAAUAUGCCGCACUCGGAUUUGAAGUAGGUUAUUCGAUAGCGAAUCCUAACGUUUUAUGUGUUUGGGAAGCUCAGUUCGGCGAUUUUGUGAAUGGGGCUCAAAUAAUUAUUGAUCAAUAUAUUGCGUCGAGCGAAACUAAAUGGCGUACACCCUGUGGUAUUGUUCUAUUGCUUCCGCAUGGUUAUGAUGGACAGGGUCCGGAACAUUCUUCCGCUCGAAUUGAAAGGUUUUUACAAUUAUGCGAUGACCAUGAAAACAUAAUUCCAUCCAAAUAUCAGUGUACAUCUUCCACCCCGUUCCAUCAAAACUACAAUUUACAAGUGGUUAAUUGUACAACAGCUUCUAAUUUUUUCCACGUGCUACGUCGACAGAUGCUUAGAAAAUUUAGAAAGCCUUUAAUAGUUUUUUCUCCCAAAAAAAUUCUUAGGCUAAGAGCUAGUUGCAGUUCACUGAAUGAAUUUGGUGAGGGAACACUUUUUCAAAGCUAUAUUCCAAAUGUUGGAAAUAAAAUUGACUUAUCAUGUCAAGAUACAUCUUUUACUUCAAGCAAAACCUCCGAUUCUAUAACGCGUUUAGUGCUUUGUUCAGGACAGGUUUAUUAUGAUUUGGCUACGUUUCGUGAGGCAAAAAAUUUAUCGCAUGUGGCAAUCGGGAGGAUAGAACAAUUAUCUCCUUUCCCCUAUUACAGUAUAAUGGAUGAAGUCAAAAAUUUUCCUAAUCUAAAAACAAUUGUUUGGGUUCAAGAAGAACCUAUGAAUAUGGGGCCUUGGUUCUAUGUUUCAAAAAGAUUAGUUACACUACUCAAAGUUCUAAAUUAUCCUAACGGGUUAAGACAGUGUUAUUAUUCUGGACGUAGACCUUUAGCAGCACCUGCUGUUGGUGACACUAGACUCCAUUCGAUUGAAUUGGAACAUUUUGUGAAACAUGCAUUCUAUGAAGAAUUUGAAUGCUUGGAUAAUUUUUAAUUGAAAGAAUUAUGAGAUAC